AUGGUGAACUUUCAGUUACGCAACACUAGCAGGGUGGUAGUGCCGUACGAAAUUAGACUACCGCGGGAGCUGCUCAAACACGCAAAGCUCAGCCAUUCAAAGGGAUACCUCAGAGCUGAGUCUUCGCUGGAAGUUUUCAUUCGGCUGCGUUUUAAGUACGAAGUGUUGCUUCCAGACGAAUGUAAAACGUAUUUUGACGCAAAAAGCGGUGUACUGAAUUUCCCGGUUCGAGUUUAUUCGUCAAACUGUAAAAAAUUUCACGAGGUACGCGUCUUGGCAGUGGUGACCACGCCGUUCGGUCUGAAACUAACACCCGACACGUUGGAUUUCGGUACCGUCAACACGAUGGAAACCGUCGUUCGGAGUGUCAUGUUAGCUAACCAUUCAAGAACCAAGAUGGAAUAUGGAUUCUUGAAACUACCAGAAAGAGUUUCCGUACAUCCGAGUGCAUUUGGCACUAUAUUUUCCGGCGAACAAAUUCGUCUGCACUUGCAUUAUAGCCCCAAUGCCAGUGACUUGCCGCAAAACGUCUAUACGCACGAUGACAAUUUCGUAUUGACAUGUAAUACAGUUACCGGUGUCAACGCAGAAAUAUGUCCCUUUCAAGACGAUGCAACCACACAAACUUAUGAAACAAUUAAUGAAGUAAUAAAUGAACAAAUAUCAAGUACAGUUAUUUUAAACGAAAAGUCAGCAGUCGGUGAAAACGAGAUAAAAGAAUUAAAUCACGGAGCAGAUAAAAUUCAAUUUUCGAUAUUAAACGAUAAGAUUGAGGUGUGUACAUUUGACGACAAAAAUGCUAUCCUAAAAGAAGCUACUCUAAGAUGCCAUGCAAAAAUUCAUGAUGUACCUGUAGAACUUUCUGUCCAAAAAAUUAUAUUUGGAAAAACUCAUUUAAUGUCUUAUUCAGUUUUCAAAAUCGAUUUGAGAGCAUCGAAUUUGGCAUCUAUAACUGAACGUAACAUUAAUGCAUUUCCGGAUUUCAAAAUUAGAUUUGAGUUUAUCUCCAAUGAUUCUACAAUAGAAUUUAAGCCAAGAAACGGAAUACUACAUUCAAAAGAAGUCAUUACUAUUAAUGUAUUAUUUCGACCAAAAUUUGAUGAUGAGGUCCAAAGUAUUUAUGAAGAGUGCCUAAAUUCUGAAGUAAUGAAGUUAAAGGUCGAUCAAAUUUUGAAGGACAAAAAUGCUUUCAUAAAUCAAGUUUACACGAAUAAACCAUUUUUUCAUGAACAAAUCAAAAUAUUUGAAACCAACAAAACAUUUUUUUCUCUGAUGUUUGAUACAAUGAAAAUCAUUCCUGCUGUAUGUUUUGUACAAUUCAUAAAUCAAAAAUCAAAAGAAGUAAACGAAACGUUAGAGGUGAGUUCUGAAACGAUGCGGCUUCAUGUCAUGGUGUCCGGUAGCGGUCUCGGACCGUCGUGUACAAUCACGCCCGAUGACAUGUUCAACGUCAUACAAAAUACGCACAAACACGCGAACAAAGCGCUUAUUUUCCGAGUAACGAACACAAGUGGAACGAACGUCCGGUUCAACUUGCAAAUGGAAUGGACGAGGGAGCGAUCGGAGUCUAUAACCGAUGACGAGGUGUACGAGUUUGUGGAAAAGCUCCGAGUGGCGGAGCGGGUAGACCCGGAGCGGCGUGUGGCGAUGGCGUCGCAGUUCGAAGGAGAGGAAUGGGUCGUAGAAUCUGCGAACACUGAAAAAAGUGCGUUUGACCUAGGAAACGGCGGUAGGCCACUGUGGUUUCGUUUGGACCCGAAUGAGUCACGAUACGUUCAGGUAACUUUAACACUUCCUCGGCACAACCGACAACUAGACGAAAACGGCGGUGGCGGCGGUUGUGAUGAUGAAGAGUUGUUAGAAUCACCUUUCGAGAGCACCGAAGAGCUGUUAAGGUCUCCGGGUGGAGCCGAAGAGGAUUUUUUCAAAUCACCUGAUGGCGGUUUUAGGACAGAGUUAGCCAAACUGAGUCGAGAUUUUGUUCGGAAUGAUUAUGGCCGAACAGCCACUGCCUUGAUUGCCUCUAAGCGUCGCGUUUACGCAGCAAAAUUCAAUGUGCACGUAGGCCAUUCGGUGCUCCGACAGUUCUAUGUAUUCGGUUUCGUAGACGUGGAUAAAACUGUAGACUCUUAA